CUCAGGCUGUGAUUCAGAAGCAGUGAGGGAGGCCUGAGCGAUGAAAUGUUAGAGAUAGGGCCCGUCAAGAUUGCUAGAAAGAUAGUGAGAGUCGGAGCAGCCUCGGCUGAGAUUGAAAGAGAAACUUCUUUUGAUCGAUCUUUGCUCAAGACAGUGGUAAGGAUUUGAACACGAAGCAGACAAUUGAAGCAGAACCGUCUCUACACUCUGAUGCGAACCGCAAAGUAAGGUAUGGAGGAGAGAGGUGAGAAGGAAGACGCCAUUGAAAGAGAGGGAAGGGUCUCUGUGUAUGCUGUGUGUUGCAGCAGGAAGAAGAAAAACAAUACUGGAAACCGAAUACAGGUGGGGAGUGAUGACCAAUACGCACCGUUUUGAUCCAAUCUUUAAGGGCAUUGUGGUAAUCUCGACAAGAUCGGCAAUACUUGUAAGAUUCCAGCGGAUCAGAAAAUGUAGACAGCUGCAACAGAAAAAAUUGAGAAUGGAGAAGUUCAGAACUACACGUCAUUUGCUCCAGCGAUCGUCGAGAUCGUUGCUUGAUCGUCGAUUGAAGCUAAACUCUGAGAAUUCAAUUCACAGCUCCGGUACAGUUUUUACGCGAACAUGUACUGGAUACCGGAACUGGAUUCUUCCAGCUUGUUUACAUCCCUCGAGAGAUUGCAGAGGUCUUACCGAAGCAAAUGCAAUGCAGAACAGAUAUUUUGGCUCGGUGGCUGAGCUGGUUCAGAGAAGCCCUUCCUUUUCAACGUUGGAUUCUGAUGAUAUUAGCUUCUUUAAAAGUAUUUUGGGGGAGAAGAAUGUCGUCCAGGAUGAGGAUGUACUUGCAACUGCAAAUACUGAUUGGAUGCGGAAGUAUAAAGGCUCAAGUAAGCUUCUGCUUCAACCUCGGAGCACUGAGGAGGUCUCAGAGAUUCUUAAAUACUGUAAUUCAAGGCAUUUGGCUGUUGCUCCUCAAGGGGGAAACACAGGUCUUGUUGGUGGAAGUGUUCCUGUUUUUGACGAGGAUGCAAGAGAGCAAAGCGAUUGGCACUUAUGUGCACUAGUAAACCACAGUUCAUUUGUUAUGCCACUGGACUUAGGUGCAAAAGGGAGCUGUCAGAUUGGUGGAAAUGUUUCAACUAAUGCUGGUGGUUUGCGCCUUGUCCGCUAUGGUUCACUUCAUGGGAAUGUACUUGGUCUGGAAGCUGUUUUAGCAAAUGGUGAUGUGCUAGAUAUGCUUGGCACUUUACGUAAAGAUAACACUGGAUAUGACUUAAAGCAUUUGUUUAUAGGAAGUGAAGGAUCCCUGGGAAUUGUAACUAAAGUUUCUAUACUUACUCCUCCUAAGCUAUCCUCAGUUAAUAUAGCUUUUCUUGCAUGCAAAGAUUAUUUUAGCUGCCAGAAACUUUUACAAGAGGCAAAAAGGAAACUUGGGGAGAUUCUAUCUGCUUUUGAAUUUUUGGAUAUCGAAGCAAUGGAUUUAGCUCUAAAUCACUUAGAAGGAGCUCGGAAUCCAUUGCCUGCUUCAAUUCACAAUUUUUAUGUUCUGAUUGAGACAACAGGCAGUAACGAAUCUUAUGACAAGGAGAAACUUGAGGCCUUCUUACUAAGCUCAAUGGAAGGUGGUUUAAUAUCUGAUGGUGUAGUUGCACAAGACAUUAACCAAGCAUCCUCAUUUUGGCGAAUCCGUGAGGGUGUGCCAGAAGCAUUGAUUAAAGCAGGGGCCAAUUACAAAUAUGACUUAUCAUUACCUGUUGAAAAGAUGUACAAUCUUGUGGAGGAUAUGCGAGCAAGACUUGGUGGUUUGGCCAGAGUUGUUGCAUACGGGCACCUAGGGGAUGCAAAUUUACAUCUUAAUGUUUCAGCUCCAAAGUAUGAUGAUAAGAUUUUGGCUCAGAUUGAGCCCUAUGUCUAUGAAUGGACAUCUAAGCACCGAGGGAGCAUAAGUGCAGAGCAUGGCCUGGGACUGAUGAAAGCUAAUAAGAUCUUUUACAGCAAAUCACCUAAAACUGUGCAACUAAUGACUUCCAUCAAGAACCUGCUCGACCCCAAUGGGAUACUCAACCCAUAUAAAGUUCUUCCACAUUCACUCAAUCCAUAAACCCAAGGCAGGUAAAGUUGAUCAAUGAAGCCUUUCUCUUAUUUGAAAUUUCUACCUCAGAGAUAGUUCUUGAUGCACGAAUAGUUUACAAUAUGCCUAGGUAUGAUGGACCAUGAUUAAGUUGAAACAAGGAAAGAAGGGCCAAACAGGUCAAUUAGAAAUAUCUGAUUUGUCAAAUAAAGAUCAUUGCCUCUGAUUCUACGCAAUAAUUUGAUGUAAAUUUAAUUUAAAAUCAAAACAUAGCAACAUGUAAGAUUCUCAUAUUUGCUAAUUUGAAUAAAUGGAAACAAAAAAC